AUGUCUCGAUGCCUACUGCAAGUGCUGUGGACAUUUAACCUGAUCGUCUACUACGCGUAUUGCCUGAGAAUCACGGAGCUCAGAAUCGAAAAAUAUACUCUCGUGGGACAUAGCACCAGACUUCAGUGCAAAUAUGACCUACAGGGUGAAAAACUGUACACGGUCAAAUGGUACAAAAGCGGCAACGAAUUUUAUAGAUUCCUGCCCGGGGAAUCGCCGGAAGUACAAGUUUUCGACGUUACGGGAGUGCACGUCGACGAGAAGCAAUCCACGGCGGAAAGCGUGGUUCUAAGGCCCCUGGAACUGGCAAGUAGCGGCAAAUAUCGGUGCGAAGUGUCCACCGAAUCGCCGUUGUUUCAAACGGUCACCAACCAUAGCUAUAUGCUUACUGUCGCCCCGCCCGACAAAGGACCUCGCAUAUCCGGUGGCCAGGAUUGGUACGUGAACUGCACAUCUGGGAGAUCGAAACCCGCCGUACAGCUGGCCUGGUUUAUCAUCCUUUCUCUUAGUAGUUUUUUUAAAGACAACAUGAAACAAUUUAAAAGAGGUGAAAUAGCGGAUAAAGAUGGCCAAAUACUGAAAUUCCAGGCAGAUUUAGAACAAAAUAUUGUUGUAGGUGAUGUCAAACCAAGUAUGAAAAGUGAUCCUUACAAGGUUAGGAUUUUAUUAAAUGAAUUUAGUAUAUCUGAUGCCCAUUGUUCUUGUCCACGCGGAGUUGCAAUUUGUCCAGAUUUGUACAAGAAUCCAGGUCCAGUUUCUGAAACAGACAUAUUCCCUCACAUUCAUUUAUAA